AUGUCCUCAUGUGGCUCUGGAGUGCCCUUGGGGCUCGAUUCCCAGCCCAGCUGCAGCCCCCCAGUGCCUGCACCAAGGAAUUCCCUCCUGGCACAGCCUCUCCCUCCCCCCUGGAGCUGCUCCCUCGCCCUGCUUGGCCAGGAGGACCUCGUGGAGAGCUGCACCGGGAGCUCCUGUGAGCUGGGGGUGGCCGUGCUGGAGCGCUCCUGCCCGGGCCCCGACCCGCAGCUGGUGCGCAGGAUCGUGGCGCAGGUGGAGUUCUACCUGUCCGACGAGAACCUGGCCAGGGACGCCUUCCUGCUCAAACACGUGCAGAAGAACAAGAUGGGCUUUGUCAGCAUCAAACUGCUGACAUCCUUCAAGAAGGUGAAAUACCUGACCCGGGACUGGCGCCUCACCGUCUACGCCCUCAAAUUCUCGGCGCUGCUGGAGGUGAACAAGGAGGGCACCAAAGUCAGGCGGCGCCUCCCCAUCCCCGAGUACCUGCUGAGCGUCCCCCCCAGCAAGCUGCUGCUGGCCUGGGAGCUGCAGCCGCGGGAGCACGACCUGCCCCUGCAAAAAAACUUCCUGGACACCAUCACCAGGAUGUUCAGCCCCUUCGGCGCCAUCGCCUCCAUCCGCCUGCUGCGGCCGGGCCGCAAGCUGCCCUCGGACGUGCGCCGGUACUCGGCGCGGUUCCCCGAGCUGCUGAGCCGCUGCUGUGCCCUGGUGGAGUACGAGAGCCUGGAGAGCGCCCGCAGCGCCGCCGACAGCCUCGGGCAGCGCGACUGGCACGGCAUCAGGGUGAUGCGGCUCUGCGGGAAGGGCGGCAAGAAGAAAUCCGCAGAGGACAGGGCGGCCUGGAAGGUGCCGGCGGCGGCUCUGACCUUCCCCGGCAGCCCCGAGGGUUCCCUGCCCAUCGCUCCCGAGCCCGAUGAUGCCCCAGGGUCGCUGUCCCUUCUCCUGAACCAGGACCUGCUGGCACCGACCUGGCCUGGCGGCGACUUCACGCCGGGAAAUUCCAGCGCCUUCCCCGGCUCGUUCCUCCCUCCGCUCGGGAUGGGCACCGAGAGCCGCCCGGGGAGUGCGGCGGGGUCCUGGACACCCUGGGGCAGCUUUCCCAGAGCUCUCCCCGGCGAUGCCCAGGGGGUGUCCGAGCCCCUCAGCCUGUGGGACGGGGUCCUGCGCCUGCCCCGCAGCCCCGAGGGCACCGAGAGCUUCGGGAGAGAAGAGCUCGUCCUGCGGCGCUGAGGCUUCUUCAGAUUCAGGGCUAGGGGUUGUCAUUGUCUUUUUUUCCCCUUCUUCUUUCGAGAGGAAGACUCUGCUAUGGUCCUGCGAGCUGUGGGCAGGGGCAGUGCAGCUGAGCCAGGGGACAGAAGUUUUGGGGCACGGGCGAUGCUCGAGGCAGACGCUGAGCAGCAGCAGGAGCUGUGCUGUGCUCAUGUUAGUGAGAUUGUGCUUGCUCAGGGCCCAGAGCUGGGUUUGGGGUCCAGGUUUUGGAUGAGAAAUAGACAAUAAAGAGAGAUGAAGUUUC